AGGAAGAACUUGCCCUGCUCGUUCGAACUCCCCACGGAAUAACUUCUUGCUCGUUCGGCUCAAUCGGAGGUCAUAUCUUCAUCUCGUCUGUUUUUUGAAAACCCUAGUUCUCGGUAUCCGAUGGCUUCCACGGUUUCGCCACCAAUCCUCCCUGUCUCCACAAAUCUUCCAUCCGGCACGUCUCCACUACCGUCCACCGCUGUCGGCACUGGAGCCCCGAUCUCCACGCCUGCAUUUCGCCUCUUCCUCUCCCGUCUAUCCAGUUCAAUCCGCCGCUCUCUUGCAAAUCGCCGUCCGUGGUACGAGCUUUACGAUCGUUCCGCCUUUUCCCGACCCGAGUCCCUUACCGACGCCGCCUUUCGCGUCCGAAAGAACUACUCAUAUUUCCGCGUCAAUUACCUUGCCUUCCUUGCAUCUGUUCUCGUAUUUUCCCUCCUUUCCCACCCCUUCUCCCUUCUCGUCCUCCUUUCCCUUCUUUCUUCCUGGUGCUUCUUCUACCUCUUUCGACCCUCAGAUCCUCCUCUUGUUAUCCUUGGCCGUACCUUCUCCGACCGCGAGACCUUAUUCGCGCUCAUAAUUAUCACUUUCUUGGCCAUAUUCCUAACCUCCGUUGGUUCGCUCCUCAUCUCCGCUGUCAUGGUGGGCGCCGCCAUCAUCUGUGUCCACGGCGCGUUCCGUGUUCCGGAGGAUCUAUUCCUCGAUGAUCAGGAACCCACUGCCUCCGCCUCCGGGUUCCUGUCUUUCAUCGGUAACGCUGCCUCUUCAGCGGCUUCAGCUGGAACUGUUCGAGUAUGAUGUUGGUAGAAGAUGGAUCUAUUGGUGGAUUUUCAGAUCUCGGCAAGGUUCGGUGGGAUAGGUCAUUCUUUGGAUUAUGAUAUUUUCACUCGUUUUUAUAUGUAAAUGUGAGGUUUUCUGGAACUAGAGCUGGUUUGACUAAUAGAAUUUGCCUGUCUUGAAGCUUUGAGGUCGAAAAAGUGUCUUUCCUCUUAUUUUGAAUUUAUUUGGAUAGAUGACUCCCAUUGUUAAUUUGUUGUGGUUCUGUUCUAUGAAUUUAGUUAGAUCCAGGGAGCUAUUCCUUCAACAUUGUAUGAUCCAUGAAUUUGCAGUUUGUAGAUCUCUUUUCUCUCU